AUGUCGUCAUACUCCGAGUCGGAAUCUGGGUCGAGCUACGGCUAUGACGACGAGUACACGUGCGUGACCGAGGAGAGCGGGUCGGAGCCGGUGGUGGCGGCGGCAGCAGGAGGAUGUGACAUGGAAAAGGUCGAUCCGCCGUCUGUGGAGGAGACCGAGACAGUGGGCGUGGCGCUGUCGGGUGGUGGCAUCCGGUCUGCAUCGUUCUGCCUGGGUGGACUUCAGGAACUUGCACGUGCAGGCGUUCUGCAGCAGGCCAAGUACCUGUCGAGCGUGUCAGGAGGCGGGUACACGGCGUCGGCGAUGUAUGCGAUGGCCAAGGUCGAGGGCAAGGCGUUCGACGAGGGAGCGGUCGAGAUUGUGGACAAGGUCCACCGCAAGAUGGUGAGCCGGUCGCAGUGGCUCACGCCGUGGGCGACUGAGCCGGAGAAUGACGGCAUUUCCGCCGGAUGGCGGUUUGGCGUGCUGAUCAAGUACGCGAUGCUGUACCUGACUUGCGUUGUCACGCUUUUUACCAACAUUGUGUGGGGCAUUGCGCUGGCGGCGCCGGUCACCAUCAUCAUCGACGAGUUUGUGGGCGCCAAGCUGCGGGCAUCGUCGUCGUCGACCUCAUUUUUCAACGACCUUCUCGAUCUGGAAGUUCCGCUUGCGUUUUCCAUCUGUGGCGGAUGCAUCGUCAUUACGAUCGUGACCUGGCUUGUGCGGCAGAGCUUGAGCGAGAAGCCACAGUCGCGGACGCGCGAUAUCCUGGUGACCGGAACGGAGCUGACGACGCGACUGGGGGCGCUGCUCUCGAUGGCGGUCAUCCUUCUUGUCACUUUUCUCACCAUCCUUUGGCACGACGAGUUCAACUCGGAGCUGCAGCGGACGGCUUGGACGCUGCUUGUUGUCUUUAUCCUCAUUUCUGUCACGCCUGCACAGGGCACGCUGCGACGGGUCUUUCUCGCUGUCGGCGGCGCGAUCGUGAUGGCGGCGGCGCUCUUUGGCACUGCGGCCAUUGCCAAGUGGUGCAUCGAGGAUGCCAACGACCAGGAGACGUUUGCUAACGUCGGGGACUUUUCGGUCUGGCGCAAGGCGUACAUGCUCGGCUCAUUUGCUCUGCUCGCUGUCUUUCCGUUCUUCUACUACCCGGUUACCUCGCUCCUGCCGCACACGUACGAGAAGUUGCUGCGGCGGGCGUUCUUUGAGGAUCCGCAGCUCAACAUGGGCCACGUUGCCGAGCUCGAGAGCGAGCUCGGAUGGCCGAUCUGGCUAGUCGGAACGACGCAGACCGACUUUCACGCGCACAUUGGCGAGCGGUACGCAGCAUCCGACUUUCUCAUCUCGUCCGCCAAGUCCGGCUCGGCGCGGACCGGCUUCCGCAAGACACCGAGCACACUCAAGGCGUCACGGGCGGUCUCGAUCUCAGGCGCAGUCAUCUCGUUUGUCAUGGGCUCCAAGGACGUCUCACUCUCGCCGUUUCGAUUUCUCUUUGGCUCGCUCAACCUCGGCCUCGGGUGGUACUUUGCCUUUUCGGACCAUGCCGAACUGCUCGCCCUGGUGGCCAACGGGACGGUGGCAGUCCUCGGCGCGCUCCUCUUCCUCACACUCCUCAACUUUCAACUGGUGUGGAUCGCGGUCGGCAGCGUCAUCCUGCUCUACAUUGCCUCGUUCUUCCCGUUCCACGAGCGGAGCCAGCUGUUCUCGGCCGCGCCCAUGUUCCGCACCGUCCGGGUCAUGCUCGGUCUCGAAUUUUACGUCCAGCCGCCGCCGUACAUGUACCUCUCGGACGGCGGCCACUUUGAGAACCUCGGCUUGCUUCCGCUCUUCCAGCGCAAGGUCACCCGCAUCUACUCGUUCGACGGCGGCGCCGACCCAACCGUGGGAUGCACCUCGCUGCUCCGCGCCAUGGAGCUCGCCCACACCUCGCUCGACGGCUUCUACGUCUCGAUCGUGCCGAGCGAGGCGGGGACCGACGUGACAUCAGCCAUCGCCCAGCUCGGGUUCACCGACUCGGACGCUGUUGCCGUCGACUUUGACCUCACCUACCGCGAGAACCACACUCACAAGGAGCUGGCCAAGGGCAAGCUGACGUACAUCAAGAAGAUCGAUGCGUCCAAGUCGCGUGACGCCGCCUUUACCAACUAUUUUGCCUCGCUCGAGACCGGCCGCGCCGCUGGCGCCCACUGGGCAGACGCCUCGUUUGAUGACGAGGCCAUCUCGGAUCCGCACUCGUGCGCCACUACGUGCUGCCCCUGGUCGACCUCGGGCGCCUUCAUGUGGUACUACCCGCUCAAGGCCUGGUGCGGCUCAAAGUACCCGGCCGGCGCGUACAACAACUUUCCGCACCACUCGACGCUCCAGACCCAGAACUUUCCGUCCAAGCUCUUUGAGGCCUACGUCCGGCUCGGCCGCGACAACGCCUACACUGCCCUCGGCGGGCGAUCGUCGUCGUCGUCGUCAUCGUCGUCGUCCGGCUCGUCCGAGGCCAACUCAUCAUCAUCAUCGCCGUCGUCAUCGCUGUACGCGGCGUCAUACGAGGCUUCGCGCUCGUGA